CAGAAAUUCGUCUAGACGCAAGAGGAUCUUUCAGCCAAGUUCUUCUAAGCUUGCGAGUAUAGCACUAGUGCUGUAUCCAGAUAAGUAAAUCGUCAUGCUGGAGCUGGAUGAGCCAUUUAACCCUGACGAAACUGAAGAAGAACAGGAAAAUGUUUCAUGUCAUGAGGAAGAGGCUUCAGAUAAUUUCCCACCAGCCCUUCUAAGCUACUUUGAAACAUCAAAAACUAGAGCGGCAGUUUGUGAGAAACUUAUCCUUGAGGAACUUGAAGACUUCACACCAUCAGAUUCCACUGAUAAUAUGAUGAGGCUGUCAAAUGAAGUCAGCAAAGAUAUGGUGAAAGUGAAUGAACAGGUGGGUGGUGAAACAGAAAAUGAGGAAAAAAAGGCUGAUGGGUCCCUUCUUCAAACACGAAUAGUGACACAAAAUCCUUUGACUCACAAUAUGUCCAUGUGGCCUAAUAAUGAAGAUGGAGCUGGAACAGAUCGAUGUUGGGAGACUGAGAAAUAUUUGGCCCGGGACUUUAGCAAACAUGACAUAGCACAAGAGAAACACUGUGAUGAGGAGAUUCAUAAAAACAAGGAAAGGCAAAAAAGAGAAAUUAACUUCCAGGAGGAGCUGAGGAAGAUAAUGGAGGCAGAGAAACUGCAUGAAAAGGAACUGAAAUUGAUGGCGAAAAGAGCCCAGGAAAAACUUGAGCAGGAGAUGCUGCUUCAGCAGGAACUGAUUGGUAACUUACAAAAACAAGUGGAGCAAGAGAGGAGGAUGAUUGAGGAAGAGCAGAGAAGGAAAAACGAAGAGAAGAAAAGGAAAAAUGAAGAAGAGAAAAGGAAAAAUGAAGACAUGCAAGCGAAAAAGAAGCAGGAAGAGGAAGACAGAAGGAAAAUGAAGGAGGAAGAAGAGAAAAUUAAGAGUGAAGAAGAACAGGAAAGGAAAAAACUGGAAGAGAGGAAAAGAUUGGAUGAAGAGGAAAAGAAAAACAUGAUAAAAUUAAGACAUAAAGAAGAAAAGAAGCAAACGGAGCUAUGGGAAAGGGAGGAGGUAAAGAAGAAAAGGGAAGAAGAGAUUAGAAAGAAAGAGGAAGAGAGAAAAACUGAAGAAAUCAAGGAUGAGGAGAGGAGAAGAGAGAUACAAGAGGUGGAGGAGAUAAAGCAAAAGCAGAAGGAGAGAAAGAAAAACAGGAAAAGUGAGGACGAGGAAACAAGAAUAAUGGAUGUCAAAAACAAUGUGACAGAGGUUUCUGGAAGGAAGAUGACUGAAUAUCAAAAGACAAAAAAUAAAGAAAUAAGAAGUAUUAAGGAAGAAAAGAGAAAAGAUAACGGAGGUGAGGAAGAGAAGACAAGAAAGGAAGUUGUGAGAAAGACUACAGAGCAUAAGAUGGAAAGAAAUGAGGUAGAGCAAAGAGAAAAGCCUGAGAUGAAGAAAAAGAUGUUGAAUGAAGACAUCAGGGGAAAAGAUGAGAAUAAAAGAAUAGAUGACAAAAUGCAACUCAUGGAAAGUGAAGAAAAGAAAAAGAACGAUGAGGAGAGUUUGGAAAAUCAAGAUAUGAUGAGGAAGGAGGAAAAGACUAAAACAAACGAAGAAGAGCUGAUUACAAUGAGAAUGGAAGAAAUGAAACAGAAUGAAGAACAGGAACACAGAAACAUAGAUGAAGUAAUAAAACUCAAGCCAGAGAUUUGUGAGAAUAAAGACCAGAACACAAAAAUGGAACAUGAGAGGAAAAAAGAUAAAGAAAAGAAGCAAGAAGAGUUGCAGAAACACCAAGAGGGGCUUAGUAUAGGAAAAAAGAAGGAUGGGACGGGAAACAAGGAAGAUGCAAAGGAUUAUGGAAAUGAGGUGAAGGAAAACAUACAAACAGAAGAAAGGAAAGUAGAAGAAGAGGUGAAAGAACGGGUCAUAAGUAAGAAUGAGCUGCGAGACAAGGAAAGAGAAAAUAGCAGCAUGCAAUCUCAGAAUCAGAAUACUGGCAGGAUUUCACACCCAGGAGGCAACACCACACGGACCUCAAGUGCUGACCCACUGCAGAGUGAAUCUACAGCUGACCCCGUCAGCUCUGAAACUGCAAAACAACAGAACCUAAACAAGAACAUCAGUCUGAUCCCUGUGUAUAAAACCAGUAACCGGCAAGAUCUUGCAAAGCCUGGCACUUCUUCUUGCUUUUUGCCUGCAGGCCUUCCAGAGCACACAGAGCAGAAGAGGCUGUUGUGGAUGAAGGAAUGCAUCCCUUGGUCUAAAUUGUCCUGCCAGAACAGGAGGAAGCAGAAAGGAUCAGUCCGGAGUAGGACAGGGCCAAGGAGGGUGGCAGAGGGUAGCAGUCUGCCUCCUCUGUGCCCACACACUCUGCUUCAGUCCACAGGCUGGAGAUCCCUGCAGGAGGUUACCAGCGUGACCUUGGAGGACUUACCUGGCUGCAGCCUUUUUACCCUUGCCCAGUGUACUCAACUUCAGUCGCUCACCCUCAGACGCUGUGGACUGAAAUCAUUGGAAGGUAUCAACCACUUACAAGAGCUCUGGUACAUUGACCUACAGGAAAAUGACAUUUCAUUUGUGGAUUGUGAAAACAUGAGCAGCUUACGAGUUCUUCAACUUGCCCACAAUAAGCUGACUUCCAUCCAUGGUUUAAAUGGUGCUGAGAAUUUGGAUAUUCUUGAUCUCUCGCAUAACUCCAUCACCCGUAUUGCUGGUCUGGAGUCUGUAAGGAGGCUACAGAGGUUGUCAGUGAACCACAACCAGCUGAUCAACACCAAAGGGCUGAGAGAUGUAUAUACACUGCUUCACCUGGAUUGCUCUCACAACCACCUGGCCAACGUGGAGGGUCUGGAGAACAGUGCUCUGCUUCACACACUGGAUCUAAGAGGAAACGGCCUUACUGAGCCCCUGAGUCUGAACAACCAGGUCCUCCUCAGAGAGCUGUAUCUGGAUGACAACAGCAUCUUCUCCCUUCACGGCCUCGCUGCCUGCUGGCUUCCUCUAAUGCAGCACCUCUCUGCAGCUCAAAACGGAAUUACUCAGCUGCCCUCCAUGUCUAAUUUUGUGUCCCUUGAAAAUCUGGAUCUUAGAUACAACUGCCUGUCAGACCUGCAGAAUGUGUGUGAAAAUCUUGAGGGAUGUCAGUUCCUGUGUGAAAUCCACCUCACAGGGAAUCCUCUUCAGCAGGAGAGUGGCUGGAGAUCCACACUACAGAAAUCAGUGCCUGGCCUUAGAGCCAUUGAUAGCCAGGAAACAUAUUCCUUUUUCUUGCCUCCAGCUGUUCAGCAGGUCAGCUCGGCCUCAGACUGCUUCCUAACUUUCUGCCAGGCUCAGCUUCAGCAGACUCAGAAUUUACAGCAGCAUCACAGCAGGGAGCACAGCAGACUUGCAUUUCCUUUUAAUGAUGUGCAAAGCUUCUGCCGGCACUUCAGUAUGACUCUGAAGCUGGCUGAGGACCAGAGAUUUGCCCAUGAAUAUGGUGAGACCACUGUGUCUGAUGAACACUGGGCUGCAAGUCAAACAGCGCCUGAGAAAACACUGGAUAGUGUCAUUGGUGAAGAGCUUAUGGAUUGCCGAGAUAUAGAGUCCACUAACAAAUUACCACCAGUCUUUCCAAAUAGAGACAUCAUGAGAUGCAGCUAUUGGAAUUUUGAUGAGACUCCAGCUACAGAGAGUCACUAUGACACAUUUGGCCCAAAACAGGGUCCAGCGACCUUCUUCAGUGAUGAAAAAGCAUCUGUCUCCAGCCAUCAAGACUUAAACCUCAAAAACACAGCAGCAGUUGUGAUUCAGCAAUGUUGGAGGAAAUACAAGCAGAUAUGUGGGAACAUUAAUGCUCCCCCCAUCACAGAGAAAAGAGGAGAAAGAGGAGGAGAUGGAGGAAAGCCAGAGUCAAGACUUUGCUAUAUUAAUAGGAGCACUGCUGGCAAACACUAUGCGGCAACUGUCAUCCAGGCAUUCUGGAGGGGCUACACUCUGAGGAGGAGGCUCACAUCUGCUCUUGCUGCUGUGACAUGCCCCAGUGUUGGAGAGGAUGACACCUUUGAGGAGGUGGACAUAGAUGAAUUUGUCUUUGAUGAGGCAGCUUUGGAGGAACACUGCACAUUGAUGCUUUCUCAGGACUCGUCUCCCAGACAUCAACUUGUGUCAGAGCAGCAAUUAUCUAUGAAGCCUCCUGGGCCCUGUCUUGAUCCCUCCCAGGACAUACUCCCCCUACCAAAGCACGCCUGGAUGGCUGGGGAACAUGUGGACGGUUCUAACAGAAACACAUCUCCUACUUCCACUUCAGCGCUUAGUGGUCUCUCUGAAAGAUCAGAAAAGAUUCUAGAAGAAUGGGGCUUUACUGACAGCCACACAGCACUUCUGCUGCUGAGGAGAGCUCGGAAGAUGAAGUCAAAGAGACAACUGCAAAAGAAGCAAAGGGAUCCCUCCGUCCGACUUGCCUUGUUCAGAAAUUGUAAUUACCAGCUUGGUCCAGCGGAGGCACAAAACACAACAGCACGAUACAACAGAAAUUAUGCAAAAGCUGGUGGGGCUGAGACGGGCCAUCAGCAGGCAGAGAGGACAGAGCAAGUUAAGCAAGAUCAAACUCAGCAGUGGCUCCAUACCCAGGCCACUCAUGGGCAUUCAGACAGUGAUCAUUUCUUACCGGACAUAAACUCAUCCAUUCUGAAC